GGGUUGUGAUACGAUUGCAUUCCCUUACACACAAAAUUACAUCAUAUGGGGAAAAUGGAAGGACUGUUUCUCUUCUUAUUCCUCCUAACGUGUACCAAUGUAGAAGAUGUUGUGUCACUGAGUAAUAGAAUAGUUGCUUUUUUUGAUAAGAAUACAGAGGAAGAAUUGAGAAUAUUCAGACAAAGCAUCAAAGAAGGGGAUUUUUACUACUUGGAGGUCGACUUCAAUGACAGUCUAGCAGUGGGAAAAGCAGUCGAUGAUGAAGUUGCAAAGAGAAAUUGGCUAUUGGGCAUCAUAGCUGUAACUCGCACCUGCCAUUUGCCGACUCUUCAGUCGUAUGCUGAUUACUACGAUUUGGCGUUUCUGUUCGUUGGUCCUUCGUGCAGCUUGAAGUCCGAAUUAACAGGAUCAUUCCAUUUGUUUAUGAGGCCAGCAUUUGUUGGGGGUCUUGUGGAUGUAAUGUUUCACAAGCAGUGGGAAAAGGUUUACUAUUUUUACGAUUCCGAUGAAGGCUUGUUGGAAUUUGAACAACUGUUAAACGAAAUUCACAUUCAGGAAUUGAGGUUCGAUCUGAUUGUAUUGCGCGUUCACGAUUUGGAUAGCUGUUACAGAAAACUGAAAAAGGUAUACAACGAGGAAACGGGAAGCAUUCGGGUUCUACUGCAUUUAAAACCAAAGGACAGCCAAGCUGUUAUGUCAAGAUUGAAAGAAGAUCCAAAGAUAAAUAAUUUUCGAUUUCAUUUUCUUUUGUCUAAUUUGGGAUUGUACAAUAUGAACUCAACCAUUCAUUCACCAGGCCUCAACAUAACUGGAUUCAGACUGGAUGCUGAUCUUAAUAAUACAGAUUACCAGGUGUUAGUGACUGAUACUGUGGAAUUUGUGAGAGAAGUUUUACGUAGAACAGACCUAUACGUAACAAAUCGAGAUGAUACGCUUAAAAAAAGAAAAGAACUCAAGGGGGCACUCCAAAAGUAUUCAAAGACGGGAUAUAACGGUGAUAGUGGACCAAUCAUAUUUGACGAUGAUGGAAUUAGAAAAAACUUUACACUACGUCUUUUUGAGACAUUGGUUACAAGGCAUAUCGCAAAGAUUGGGAUGUGGAUGUCCAGCAAAGAAAUUGGUGCACGUUUAGAAAUGCUGAACACUUCCCAGAUAAAGGUGCAGAAACAUCCAACAACAAAGAAAGAUUAUAUUAAAGUUUCAACCAAUCAAGAGCGGAUCAUUACCACUAUAGAUGACCCACCCUAUGUUUUCAUCAAAAAAGAAUAUGAAGACGAAGUCAAACUAAUGAAAGCUAAGGGGGAAAGAGUGUGUGGUAACUCAUUCUUCGAGGGAUUUUGUAUUGACUUAGCAGAGAAGGUGACUGAAAUUCUCAAUAUUACAAACUAUACUAUAUGUAUAGUUCAAGACGGUCAAUAUGGAUCCAUACAGCCAAACCAGACUUGGAAUGGAAUGAUUGGGGAGGUUAUGCAGAAGAAAGCUGACAUGGCUGUUGCACCAAUAACAAUAUCUUCUACACGGGAAAGAGUUGUUGAUUUUACAAAACCUUACAUGAGUCUGGGAAUCAGCAUAAUGAUCAAGAAGCCUGCCGAUGAAGGCGCACACAUAUUUUCCUUCAUGGAUCCGUUAUCCUCUGAGAUUUGGAUGUGUAUCUUGUUCGCAUAUGUAGGAGUGAGUGUAGUUCUGUUUCUAGUUAGUAGAUUCAGUCCUUCUGAAUGGCAUAUUGAUGAAAAAAACAUUACUAACGACUUUACAAUAUCGAACAGUCUUUGGUACUCACUUGGUGCCUUCAUGCAACAAGGAUGUGAUAUAUCUCCAAAAGCUAUUUCGGGAAGGAUUGUUGGAAGUGUAUGGUGGUUUUUUACUUUAAUUAUUAUAUCCUCAUAUACUGCAAACCUCGCUGCCUUUCUCACUGUGGACAGAAUGAAUACACCCAUUAGUUCUGUAGAGGACCUUGCGAAACAAACAAAAAUCCAAUAUGGAUGUCUCAAAGAGGGCGCUACAUACGAAUUUUUUAAAAAAUCAAAGUUUGCUUUGUACGAGAGAAUGUAUGCCUACAUGACGUCAGCAGAAAACGUGUUUGUAGAAAAGAAUAGUCAAGGGUUUGAAAAAGUUAGGAAUUCCAAUGGAAAGAAGUACGCGUUCCUUGUAGAAUCCACAACAAAUGAAUAUAUCAACAAUCAAAAACCUUGUAAUACCAUGAAGGUGGGUUCUAAUCUAGAUUCCAAAGGAUAUGGAAUAGCUACACCAGUCGAUUCAGAACUCAGAGACCCACUGACAUUGGCUGUACUGCAACUCCGAGAAAAUGGAGAAUUAGAUCGCCUUAAAAAGAAGUGGUGGUAUGAGAAAUCUCAGUGUGACCAGGAUACUGAAAAGGAUGCAUCACAAGCGGAACUGACGUUAGAGAAUGUGGCAGGAAUUUUCUACAUCCUGUCCUGUGGACUUACACUUUCUGUCGUUAUCGCUGCCAUUGAGUUCUUGUAUAAAUCUGUUGUUGAUUCUAAAAAAGCUAAGACGUCCUUUGGUUCUAUGGUGCGAUGUAAGGCUAGAUUAUCAUUCCGAGGGUCGCUGGAUGAUAGUUCUCUACCUAACUCACCACAAAAGAAACCAACUGCCACGUACACCUAUACUGGCCCUGUACAAGUUCCGGAGUACGAACCAUAUCCUGAAAAUAAUACACACACUCAGGUGUAGAACGUCGCACGUCUCGCAAUGUCAGCCAGUGCUCUCUCUGGAAUACUAGUAUAGACAAAAAGACAAUUUGUGGUAGACUUUUUACCAUAAAGGAAAAAGAUUUGUUUUCUAUGUUCAUUUUGAUUUUUUUCUAUUAUUGUGUGUUUCAACGUGAUGAAUAAGGUGUAUAUUUAUAAUAGUACGAAACACAAAGAAAUGAUAAUCUGUUUAUAAUUUAAAAUGGUAGUCAUAUUUGUUCACUGCCUUAUAAAAGAAAAUAAUUAAAAUAUUAUCUGUUUAUAUUUAUUGUAUAAAAAGCGAUAUCACUGCAUGAUUGAAAAAUUGUAUUCAUACCAAAUAUCUUCAUUGGAUUUUCAGUAUCAAAUGAAUCUGAUAAAGUGUGUGAAAAUAGAGAAAA